ACCACUCCUGGCAUUACGUUCUCAUUUUAGAGGUGAAGAAACAGAUCUGAGAGGUUACAUCAACUGAUCAGACAACAUCAAGCUGAUAAUGACAGGUAGAAGACUUAGGACUCCUAUUCUGGUCUUAGGAGCAAAGGUCCUGUUGUUUCUCCCACCUCAUAACAUUGCCCUUCUUGUCAGACUUUCAAAAUACAUUUUAAAAUGUGUCCCAUGGAUAAUAAAAUACUUGAAAAUUAUCCUUAAGUUGAAACUUUUUCUUAUCUUACCAAAGUAAAUUAAUGAUUCAAGGAUAUUGGGACAUUGUGUCAUCUGAACAACAUACACAUGCUGAUAAUUUAUGUUUUUUGUCAUUUGAUUUUCAGUGGAUUAUUUAUAAAAGUAAUUUUGAACUCCUGCCAAAAUGGUUGGCCUUUUUUUUUUUUUUUAAACCUUGUCAAAUUUUUAUAUGGUGUCUCCAAUGCAGAUAGGACUUUUGGAAAUAAAUGUUCUUUCUCUGAAUUUUUUUUUUUUGUGGGGGAGGGUGUUUUCUAGACCUUUUGCUCACAUGAGCCAUUCUUGGUUUAUUCCAGCUUGCCAACACUUGGUGUCACAUGUGAGCCUCCCACAUGUAUUCACUCUCCAUUCCAGCUCUGUGAUUGAACUCUGCUCUUAUUGACUAGGGGGCAGUUGGGCAGGCAUGCUUCAUUCCUGGAAUUGACAGUCAUUCCUAAUUUUUGAAUAUACUAACACUGAAUCAGCACUUCUAAAGCCCUUCCUUCUCCCACUGGCUUCACUUGGCUUUCAGACAUAAUGAGGAGACUGGCUUUUCGAGGCGCUGGUUGUGCUCUGGUAAAGCUGAAGAAGUUGGAUUCCAUGGGUUCCAAGAGAAGAAGAGCUACCUCCCCUUCCAGCAGUGUCAGCGGGGACUUUGAUGAUGGGCACCAUUCUGUGUCAACACCAGGCCCAAGCAGGAAAAGGAGGAGACUUUCCAAUCUUCCAACUGUAGAUCCUAUUGCCGUGUGCCAUGAACUCUAUAAUACCAUCCGAGACUAUAAGGAUGAACAGGGCAGACUUCUCUGCGAGCUCUUCAUUAGGGCACCAAAGCGAAGAAAUCAACCAGACUAUUAUGAAGUGGUUUCUCAGCCCAUUGACUUGAUGAAAAUACAACAGAAACUAAAAAUGGAAGAGUAUGAUGAUGUUAAUUUGCUGACUGCUGACUUCCAGCUUCUUUUUAACAAUGCAAAGGCCUAUUAUAAGCCAGAUUCUCCUGAAUAUAAAGCCGCUUGCAAACUCUGGGAUUUGUACCUUCGAACAAGAAAUGAGUUUGUUCAGAAAGGAGAAGCAGAUGACGAAGAUGAUGAUGAAGAUGGGCAAGACAAUCAGGGCACAGUGACUGAAGGAUCUUCUCCAACUUACUUGAAGGAGAUCCUGGAGCAGCUUCUUGAAGCCAUAGUUGUAGCUACAAAUCCAUCAGGACGUCUCAUUAGCGAACUUUUUCAGAAACUGCCUUCUAAAGUGCAAUAUCCAGAUUAUUAUGCAAUAAUUAAGGAGCCUAUAGAUCUCAAGACCAUUGCCCAGAGGAUACAGAAUGGAAGCUACAAAAGUAUUCAUGCAAUGGCCAAAGAUAUAGAUCUCCUCGCAAAAAAUGCCAAAACGUAUAAUGAGCCUGGCUCUCAAGUAUUCAAGGAUGCAAAUUCAAUUAAAAAAAUAUUUUAUAUGAAAAAGGCUGAAAUUGAACAUCACGAAAUGGCCAAGUCAAGUCUUCGAAUGAGGACUCCAUCCAACUUGGCUGCAGCCAGACUGACAGGUCCUUCACACAGUAAAGGCAGUCUUGGUGAAGAGAGAAAUCCCACUAGCAAGUAUUACCGUAAUAAAAGAGCAGUACAAGGAGGUCGUUUAUCAGCAAUUACAAUGGCACUUCAAUAUGGCUCAGAAAGUGAAGAAGAUGCUGCUUUAGCUGCUGCACGUUAUGAAGAGGGAGAGUCAGAAGCAGAAAGCAUCACUUCCUUUAUGGAUGUUUCAAAUCCUUUUUAUCAGCUUUAUGACACAGUUAGGAGUUGUCGGAAUAACCAAGGGCAGCUAAUAGCUGAACCUUUUUUCCAUUUGCCUUCAAAGAAAAAAUACCCUGAUUAUUACCAGCAAAUUAAAAUGCCCAUAUCACUACAACAGAUCCGAACAAAGCUGAAGAAUCAAGAAUAUGAAACUUUAGAUCAUUUGGAGUGUGAUCUGAAUUUAAUGUUUGAAAAUGCCAAACGCUAUAAUGUGCCCAAUUCAGCCAUCUACAAGCGAGUUCUAAAAUUGCAGCAAGUUAUGCAGGCAAAGAAGAAAGAGCUUGCCAGGAGAGACGAUAUCGAGGAUGGAGACAGCAUGAUCUCUUCAGCCACCUCUGAUACUGGUAGUGCCAAAAGAAAAAGGAACACUCAUGACAGUGAGAUGUUGGGUCUCAGGAGGCUAUCCAGUAAAAAGAACAUAAGAAAGCAGCGAAUGAAAAUCUUAUUCAAUGUUGUUCUUGAAGCUCGAGAGCCAGGUUCAGGCAGAAGACUUUGUGACCUAUUUAUGGUUAAACCAUCCAAAAAGGACUAUCCUGAUUAUUAUAAAAUCAUCUUGGAGCCAAUGGACUUGAAAAUAAUUGAGCAUAACAUCCGCAAUGACAAAUAUGCCGGUGAAGAGGGAAUGAUAGAAGACAUGAAGCUGAUGUUCCGGAAUGCCAGGCACUAUAACGAGGAGGGCUCCCAGGUAUACAAUGAUGCACAUAUCCUGGAGAAGUUACUCAAGGAGAAAAGGAAAGAGCUGGGCCCACUGCCUGAUGAUGAUGACAUGGCUUCUCCCAAACUCAAGCUGAGUAGGAAGAGUGGCAUUUCUCCUAAAAAAUCAAAAUACAUGACUCCAAUGCAGCAGAAACUAAAUGAGGUCUAUGAAGCUGUAAAGAACUAUACUGAUAAGAGGGGUCGCCGCCUCAGUGCCAUAUUUCUGAGGCUUCCCUCUAGAUCUGAGUUGCCUGACUACUAUCUGACUAUUAAAAAGCCCAUGGACAUGGAAAAAAUUCGAAGUCACAUGAUGGCCAACAAGUACCAAGAUAUUGACUCUAUGGUUGAGGACUUUGUCAUGAUGUUUAAUAAUGCCUGUACAUACAAUGAGCCUGAGUCUUUGAUCUACAAAGAUGCUCUUGUUCUACACAAAGUCCUGCUUGAAACACGCAGAGACCUGGAGGGAGAUGAGGACUCUCAUGUCCCAAAUGUGACUUUGCUGAUUCAAGAGCUUAUCCACAAUCUUUUUGUGUCAGUCAUGAGUCAUCAGGAUGAUGAGGGAAGAUGCUACAGUGAUUCUUUAGCAGAAAUUCCUGCUGUGGAUCCCAACUUUCCUAACAAACCACCCCUUACAUUUGACAUAAUUAGGAAGAAUGUUGAAAAUAAUCGCUACCGGCGGCUUGAUUUAUUUCAAGAGCAUAUGUUUGAAGUAUUGGAACGAGCAAGAAGGAUGAAUCGGACAGAUUCAGAAAUAUAUGAAGAUGCGGUAGAACUUCAGCAGUUUUUUAUUAAAAUUCGUGAUGAACUCUGCAAAAAUGGAGAGAUUCUUCUUUCACCGGCACUCAGCUAUACCACAAAACAUUUGCAUAAUGAUGUGGAGAAAGAGAAAAAGGAAAAAUUGCCAAAAGAAAUAGAGGAAGAUAAACUAAAACGAGAAGAAGAAAAAAGAGAAGCUGAAAAGAGUGAAGAUUCCUCUGGUACUGCAGGCCUCUCAGGCUUACAUCGCACAUACAGCCAGGACUGUAGCUUUAAAAACAGCAUGUACCAUGUUGGAGAUUACGUCUAUGUGGAACCUGCAGAGGCCAACCUACAACCACAUAUAGUCUGUAUUGAAAGACUGUGGGAGGAUUCAGCUGGUGAAAAAUGGUUGUAUGGCUGUUGGUUUUACCGACCAAAUGAAACAUUCCACCUGGCUACACGAAAAUUUCUAGAAAAAGAAGUUUUUAAGAGUGACUAUUACAACAAAGUUCCAGUUAGUAAAAUUCUAGGCAAGUGUGUGGUCAUGUUUGUCAAGGAAUACUUUAAGUUAUGCCCAGAAAACUUCCGAGAUGAGGAUGUUUUUGUCUGUGAAUCACGGUAUUCUGCCAAAACCAAAUCUUUUAAGAAAAUUAAACUGUGGACGAUGCCCAUCAGCUCAGUUAGGUUUGUCCCUCGGGAUGUGCCUCUGCCUGUGGUUCGCGUGGCCUCUGUAUUUGCAAAUGCAGAUAAAGGUGAUGAUGAGAAGAAUACAGACAACUCAGAGGACAGUCGAGCUGAAGACAAUUUUAACUUGGAAAAGGAAAAAGAAGAUGUCCCUGUGGAAAUGUCCAAUGGUGAACCAGGUUGCCACUACUUUGAGCAGCUCCAUUACAAUGACAUGUGGCUGAAGGUUGGCGAUUGUGUCUUCAUCAAGUCCCAUGGCCUGGUGCGUCCUCGUGUGGGCAGAAUUGAAAAAGUAUGGGUUCGAGAUGGAGCUGCAUAUUUUUAUGGCCCCAUCUUCAUUCACCCAGAAGAAACGGAGCAUGAGCCCACAAAAAUGUUCUACAAAAAAGAAGUAUUUCUGAGUAAUCUGGAAGAAACCUGCCCCAUGACAUGUAUUCUCGGAAAGUGUGCUGUGUUGUCAUUCAAGGACUUCCUCUCCUGCAGGCCAACUGAAAUACCAGAAAAUGACAUUCUGCUUUGUGAGAGCCGCUACAAUGAGAGCGACAAGCAGAUGAAGAAAUUCAAAGGAUUGAAGAGGUUUUCACUCUCUGCUAAAGUGGUAGAUGAUGAAAUUUACUACUUCAGGAAACCAAUUGUUCCUCAGAAGGAGCCGUCACCUUUGUUGGAAAAGAAGAUCCAGUUGCUAGAAGCUAAAUUUGCCGAGUUAGAAGGUGGAGAUGAUGAUAUUGAAGAGAUGGGAGAAGAAGAUAGUGAAGUCAUUGAACCUCCUUCUCUACCUCAGCUUCAGACCCCCCUGGCCAGUGAGCUGGACCUCAUGCCCUACACACCCCCACAGUCUACCCCAAAGUCUGCCAAAGGCAGUGCAAAGAAGGAAGGCUCCAAACGUAAAAUCAACAUGAGUGGCUACAUCCUGUUCAGCAGUGAGAUGAGGGCUGUGAUUAAGGCCCAACACCCAGACUACUCUUUCGGGGAGCUCAGCCGCCUGGUGGGGACAGAAUGGAGAAAUCUUGAGACAGCCAAGAAAGCAGAAUAUGAAGAGCGGGCAGCUAAAGUUGCUGAGCAGCAGGAGAGAGAGCGAGCAGCACAGCAACAGCAGCCGAGUGCUUCUCCCCGAGCAGGCACCCCUGUGGGGGCUCUCAUGGGGGUGGUGCCACCACCAACACCAAUGGGGAUGCUCAAUCAGCAGUUGACACCUGUUGCAGGUGUGAUGAACCAAGGAGUGGCCCCUAUGGUAGGGACUCCAGCACCAGGUGGAAGUCCAUAUGGACAACAGGUGGGAGUUUUGGGGCCUCCAGGGCAGCAGGCACCACCUCCAUAUCCCGGCCCACAUCCAGCUGGACCCCCUGUCAUACAGCAGCCAACAACACCCAUGUUUGUAGCUCCCCCACCAAAGACCCAGCGGCUUCUUCACUCAGAGGCCUACCUGAAAUACAUUGAAGGACUCAGUGCUGAGUCCAACAGUAUUAGCAAGUGGGAUCAGACACUGGCAGCUCGAAGACGUGACGUCCAUUUGUCGAAAGAACAGGAGAGCCGCCUACCCUCUCACUGGCUGAAAAGCAAAGGGGCCCACACCACCAUGGCAGAUGCCCUCUGGCGCCUUCGAGAUUUGAUGCUCCGGGACACCCUCAACAUUCGCCAAGCAUACAACCUAGAAAAUGUUUAAUCACAUCAUUAUGUUUCUUUUAUAUAGAAGCAUAAAGAGUUGUGGAUCAGUAGCCAUUUUAGUUACUGGGGGUGGGGGGAAGGAACAAAGGAGGAUAAUUUUUAUUGCAUUUUACUGUACAUCACAAGGCCAUUUUUAUAUAAGGACACUUUUAAUAAGCUAUUUCAAUUUGUUUGUUAUAUUAAGUUGACUUUAUCAAAUACACAAAGAUUUUUUUGCAUAUGUUUCCUUCGUUUAAAACCAGUUUCAUAAUUGGUUGUAUAUGUAGACUUGGAGUUUUAUCUUUUUACUUGUUGCCAUGGAACUGAAACCAUUAGAGGUUUUGUCUUGGCUUGGGGUUUUUGUUUUCUUGGUUUUGGGUUUUUUUAUAUAUAUAAAAGAACAAAAUGAAAAAAAAACACACACACAAGAGUUUACAGAUUAGUUUAAAUUGAUAAUGAAAUGUGAAGUUUAUCCUAGUUUACAUCUUAGAGAGGGGAGUAUACUUGUUUUUGUUUCAUGUGCCUGAAUAUCUUAAGCCACUUUCUGCAAAAGCUGUUUCUUACAGAUGAAGUGCUUUCUUUGAAAGGUGGUUAUUUAGGUUUUAGAUGUUUAAUAGACAUGGCACAUUUGCUUUAUUAACUCAGAGGCUCACUACAGAAAUACGUAAUCAGUGCUGUGCAUCUGUCUGCGGCUAAUGUACCUCCUGGACACCAGGAGGGGAAAAAGCACUUUUUCAAUUGUGCUGAGUUAGACAUCUGUGAGUUAGACUAUGGUGUCAUUGAUUUUUGCAGAACACGUGCACAACCCUGAGGUAUGUUUAGUCUAGGCAGGUACGUUUAAGGGUAUUUUGAUCUAUUUAUAAUGAAUUCACAAUUUAUGCCUAUAAAUUUCAGAUGAUUUAAAAUUUUAAACCGGUUGCACUGAAAAACAUUGAAGUUCAUCUUGAAGAAAGCAUUAAGGUAUGCAUGGAGGUGAUUUAUUUUUAAACAUAACACCUAACCUAACAUGGGGAAGAGAGUAUGUAACUAGAUAUGAGCUGUAUAAGAAGCAUAAUUGUGAACGAGUAGAUUGAUUGCCUUCAUAUAUAAGUAUGUUUUAGUAUUCCUUAUUUCCUUAUUAUCAGAUGUAUUUUUUCUUUUAAGUUUCAAUGUUAUAAUUCUCAACCAGAAAUUUAAUACUUUCUAAAAUAUUUUUUAAAUUUAGCUUGUGCUUUUGAAUUACAGGAGAAGGGAAUCAUAAUUUAAUAAAAUGCUCACUAGAAAGACCAUUACAGAUCCCAAACACUUGGGUUUGGUGACCCUGUCUUUCUUAUAUGACCCUAUAAUAAACAUUUGAAGGCAGCAUAGGAUGGCAGACAGUAGGAACAUUGUUUCACUUGGCGGCAUGUUUUUGAAACCUGCUUUAUAGUAACUGGGUGAUUGCCAUUGUGGUAGAGCUUCCACUGCUGUUUAUAAUCUGAGAGAGUUACUCUCAGAGGAUGCUAUUUUCCUUUUAAUCUGCUAUGAAUCAGUACCCAGAUGUUUAGGAUUACUGUACUUAUUAAAUCAUGAGGGCAAAAGAGUGUAGAGUGGAAAAAAGUCUCUUGUAUCUAGAUACUUUAAAUACAGGAGGCCCUUUAACUUAAUUGCCUUUAGUCAACCACUGGAUUUGAAUUUGCAUCAAGUAUUUUAAAUAAUAUUGAAUUUAAAAAAAUGUAUUGCAGUAGUGUGUCAGUACCUUAUUGUUAAAGUGAGUCAGAUAAAUCUUCAAUUCCUGGUUAUUUGGGCAAUUGAAUCAUCAUGGACUGUAUAAUGCAAUCAGAUUAUUUUGUUUCUAGACAUCCUUGAAUUACACCAAAGAACAUGAAAUUUAGUUGUGGUUAAAUUAUUUAUUUAUUUCAUGCAUUCAUUUUAUUUCCCUUAAGGUCUGGAUGAGACUUCUUUGGGGAGCCUCUAAAAAAAUUAUUCACUGGGGGCCACGUGGGUCGUUAGAAGCCAGAGCUCUCCUCCAGGCUCCUUCCCAGUGCCUAGAGGUGCUAUAGGAAACAUAGAUCCAGCCAGGGGCUUCCCUAAGGCAGUGCAGCACUGGCCCAGGGCAUCACUAGACAGGCCCUAAUUAAGUUUUUUUUAAAAAGCCUGUGUAUUUAUUUUAGAAUCAUGUUUUUCUGUAUAUUAACUUGGGGGAUAUCAUUAAUAUUUAGGAUAUAAGAUUUGAGGUCAGCCAUCUUAAAAAAAGGAAAACAAAAAAAAAAAUUGACUUAAGAAAGUACAAAUAAACUAUACAUCUUUUUUUCGUAAGUUUUAGGAACUGUAGUAAUGUGGCUUAGAAAGUAUAAUGGCCUAAAUGUUUUCAAAAUGUAAGUUCCUGUGGAGAAGAAUUGUUUAUAUUGCAAACAGGGGGGACUGAGGGGAACCUAUAGGUUUAAAACAGUGUUUGUCAGCCAACUGAUUUAAAAGGCCUUUAACUGUUUUGGUUGUUGUUUUUUUCAAGCCACUCUCCCCUUCCUAUGAGGAAGAAUUGAGAGGGGCACCUAUUUCUGUAAAAUCCCCAAAUUGGUGUUGAUGAUUUUGAGCUUGAAUGUUUUCAUACCUGAUUAAAACUUGGUUUAUUCUAAUUUCUGUAUCAUAUCAUCUGAGGUUUAUGUGGUAACUAGUCUUAUAACAUGUAUGUAUCAUUUUUUUGUUGUUCAUCUAAAGCUUUUUAAUCCAAAUAAAUACAGAGUUUGCAAAGUGA